GAAAUGAAAAUGAGAUAUUUGUAAGGGACAACUCUUCUGGACCAAUGGUUCCAACUUACCAUCUAAACACAAUCUAUCAAAAAUCACAAACCAAUUUUCUGAAAUCACCCGAUCUCAGUCAAGAAACUCUCUCUGAAGUCUGAACAAAUCAUUUCAGUUCUAUUCAAUUUGUACUUUCAAUUCGACAAUCACAAAAAUGCCUAUGCAAACAUUAUCCCUCUGCACAUUACACCCACCUCUCGCUACCUUAUCCACAUUCACAACCACCCUAGAAAAUCCCUCAAUUUUCACUCUCAGAACCCCUCACAAGACAACAAACAGAAGCAGCAAUUCUUACAGAAGGAUAACUGUAUUUGCUGUUAAAGGCGAAGAAGAACAAUCAACUCCCUCAUGGGGUAAACCGGACUCCGAUGAACCACCGCCAUGGGCUCGUAAUGAAACCCAGCAAACUUCAUCUUCAUCCUCUUUCGAGCCCCCAUUCUUCGUCUACUUGCUUGCCUCUGCUGUCACCGCCAUUGCCGCUGUUGGAUCUGUGUUUGAGUAUGUGAAUCAAAAACCCGUUUUUGGAGUGUUGAAUUCCGAAAGCAUAUUUUACGCACCAGUGCUUGGAUUCUUUGCGUUUACUGGUGUUCCAACUGCUGCAUUUCUUUGGUUUAAAUCUGUUGAAGUUGCAAAUAAGGAGGCAGAGGAACAAGAUAGAAGAGAUGGUUAUCGCUAGCUCAAUUGUUGGUUAUACAUUGAUUUCAUAUAUGUGGAUUCUUGAUUUUUAUCAAUAAAAAAAACACCAUUUGAGGUAUAAUCAUUCAAUUUCUUUGCAAGUAGUCAAAAAGGUUGAUUCUUGAUGGUGUUUUGGAUAAAAACGGGAACUUUAAGAUACAGAAUUUGCGACAUUUUAUAGUUUUUGGGCGAUUUCUUGAUCGAAAACUUAGGUGGCUAGGUAAUAGCGUUGCUAUACUUUGGAGCUACACUCAAUCUGCCAAACUUUAGAUGAUUUUAUAUUACUUGGGGUUUAAUUCUAGGGGAAAUUCUUCGAUUUGUUCAUAUGAUAUGUCACUUAUGGAG